AUGCACGGCCGCAAGCGCUCCGAGUACAAAAGCUUGCAGCGAGAUCCCAAGGUCGCCGCGGGAUUAGCCGCCAAAGCGGAGAAAUGGCACGCACUGAAUGCGAAACUGGCGUCGUCCCGGGCAACACCAACGGCAACCGAAACGACGUUCCAGUCCGACGAUACCCACGUACAGAACACGUUGGCUUUGUCGGAAAAGCUCUUGAUCGUCAAUCCAGAUCCUUUGUAUUUAUGGAACCAUCGACGAGAGAUACUGAUUCAACAAAAAGGAAGGGCCUUCUCUAUCGAACAGGAAUUAACAUUGACCGCGACAGCUUUACAAAACAAUCCCAAAGCCUACGGAGCCUGGUUUCAUCGCAAAUGGAGUUUGACUAGGACAGUGACCGAAGUUGGGUCGGACGAGGCUCUCUUGCUAUCCGCAGAACUGGCCUUGACCGAAAACGUUUUGCAACGAGACGAACGAAAUUUCCACUGCUGGAACUACCGACGGUUUGUGGUCUCCCUACUACUACAGGGUCAAAAUGAAAUUUUGGAGGCCGAAUGGGACUUUACCAACAACAAAAUUCGAGAAAAUUUUUCAAACUUUUCCGCUUUUCAUUAUCGUUCUAAACUGUGGCACUGGAAGCUCUCCGGCACGGUUGAUAAGCAAGCCUUGAUGCGUGAGGAAAUGGCACUAGUGGAAAACGGUAUCUUUACGGAACCAGACGACCAAACCUGUUGGUGGUACCAUCGCUUUCUGCUCCAGCAGUUGGAUUCGGAACACGAUUCGCCCUGGUCCACAGCUAUGAUUGCCGAUCAUUUGGUAUUACUGGAAGAAUUAGGGGCCGAAGUCGAGUCAGCCUCCAAGUGGGUAUGUCUGGGCACGUGGCACGUUUUACAAGUCAUGGAGGACACCGGUGCAGAGAUCGCACAGUAUCGCCAAACCAAACUGAAAGAACUGAUGGAACUGGACCCAGACCGUAGACAGCGAUACCAAUAUCUAUUGCGGCAACUCUCGGGCUGCUGA